AUGAAAACCUGGAGUUUGCUGCUUCUAAUUUUCCUUGUUUUCACUUUGUCGUGUUUGAGUUUCGGUUAUGGCGUUUCCCAAUCGGAGGAGCCCAAAAAGAACAAGUUUCGCGAUCGCGAGGCCACUGACGAUGCCCUAGGUUACCCCAAUUUUGAUGAAGAUGAACUGUUGAAUACGCAAUGCCCUCGGCACUUGGAACUGAGGUGGCAGACUGAAGUGAGUUCUAGUGUAUAUGCUUCACCUUUGAUUGCCGACAUUAACAGUGAUGGAAAGCGUGAAGUUGUUGUUCCUUCGUUUGUGCAUUACUUGGAAGUUCUUGAAGGCUCUGACGGGGAUAAACUGCCAGGAUGGCCUGCUUUUCAUCAGUCAACUGUUCACUCCAGCCCUCUUCUAUAUGAUAUUGACAAGGACGGUGUGAGAGAAAUUGCUAUAGCCACUUACAAUGGAGAAGUGCUAUUUUUCAGGGUUUCAGGCUAUGCUAUGUCAGAUAAACUGGUGAUUCCGAGGUUGAAAGUUAAAAAGGAUUGGCAUGUUGGCUUGCACACGGAUCCUGCUGAUCGUUCUCAUCCAGAUGUUCAUGAUGACCAAUUAAUCCAGGAGGCUCUUUUGGACUCAUUAGCUCAGCCCAAUGGGAGCACAUCUAAAGAAAAUAUUACAAGCUCGACAGCAAGUCAAAAUGAAACAUCCAAUACCACCCCAGAACAUAACACCAUGAAUAGCACGAUUUCGAUUUCUGCUGAUAUUCAACAUAACAAUCAGCUCAAUGCAUCUCAAGAAGUUACCCAAGGGAAAAUGAACGAGAGUCUAGCAGAUCCGGGCAUUAAGAUGCCAUUAAAUACAAGCAAUUCUUCUUCUGGGUCUGAGGAAGUUAGCCACGUGGGCAGUGGAAAUACAGCGAGAAGAAAGCUUCUAGAAGAAAGCAACUCAAAAGUCAACGAGGAUGUCCACACCGCAACAGUAGAAAACGAGGGUGGUCUAGAAGCAGACGCUGAGUCAUCAUUCGACUUGCUCCGAGACAACAAUGAUGAUCUGGCGAAUGAUGAUUAUAACUAUGAUUAUGAUGACUAUGUUGAUGAUGAAUCCAUGUGGGGGGACGAGGAGUGGACUGAAGAGCAGCAUGAGAAAGUGGAAGAUUAUGUUCAUAUAGAUGCACACGUCUUGUGCACUCCAGUAAUAGCAGACAUUGAUAAAGAUGGAGUCUUUGAGAUGAUCGUUGCUGUUUCUUACUUCUUUGAUCGCGAGUAUUACGACAAUCCAGAGCAUAUGAAAGAACUCGGUGGUAUCGAUAUUGGAAAAUAUGUUGCUGGGGGUAUUGUUGUCUUUAACCUCGACACAAAGCAAGUGAAGUGGAGUGUUCAGCUGGACUUGAGUACUGAUAAUUCGGAUUUCCGUGCAUAUAUAUACUCUUCUCCUACCGUUGUUGAUUUGGACGGUGAUGGAAAUUUGGACAUUCUUGUCGGCACUUCCUUUGGCUUGUUUUACGUUUUGGACCACAUAGGUAAAAUUCGAGAGAAAUUUCCUCUUGAGAUGGCUGAAAUCCAAGGAGCAGUAGUUGCAGCUGAUAUAAACGAUGACGGUAAAAUCGAAUUAGUGACUACUGAUUCGCAUGGUAAUGUUGCUGCGUGGACCCCACAAGGAAAAGAAAUUUGGGAAACACAUGUAAAGAGUCUUGUUCCUCAGGGUCCUGGCAUUGGGGAUGUCGAUGGUGACGGCCACACUGACGUUGUCGUUCCAACUGUGUCGGGAAAUAUAUACGUACUUAGUGGCAAGGAUGGGUCGAUCGUGCGGCCCUAUCCAUAUAGAACUCACGGUAGAGUAAUGAAUCAAGUUCUUUUAGUUGACUUGAAAAAACGUGGGGAGAAGCAAAAGGGACUCACCAUAGUCACUACAUCGUUCGACGGGUAUUUGUACCUCAUAGAUGGGCCCACUUCUUGUGCUGAUGUCGUGGACAUUGGAGAAACAUCAUAUAGCAUGGUUUUGGCCGACAAUGUAGAUGGCGGGGAUGAUCUCGAUCUUAUAGUCGCCACUAUGAACGGCAAUGUUUUUUGUUUCUCUACUCCUUCGCCACAUCAUCCUCUGAAGAGUUGGAGGUCACCUAAUCAAGGGAGGAAUAAUCCAGCAAACCGAUAUAAUCGUCAGGGUAUUUUCGUCACUCCAUCAUCGCGUACAUUUCGAGACGAAGAAGGAAAGAACUUUUGGAUUGAAGUUGAGAUUGUGGAUAGAUACCGAUACCCGUCUGGAUCCCAAUCGCCUUAUAAUGUCACGGUGAGUUUGUUGGUUCCCGGUAAUUACCAAGGAGACCGAACAAUCAAGCAGACUCAAAUCAUUGAUCGACCAGGAAAACAUCGGAUUAAACUCCCCACCGUAAAAGUAAGGACAACCGGGACUGUACUGGUGGAGAUGGUUGACAAAAACGGGAUAUAUUUUUCGGAUGAUUUCUCCCUCACUUUUCACAUGUAUUACUACAAGCUGUUGAAAUGGCUCGUUGUUCUCCCGAUGCUGGGGAUGUUUGGCAUUCUCGUAAUUUUGCGGCCUCAAGAAGGCAUGCCCUUGCCUUCAUUCUCACGCAAUACCGACUUGUGA